GUUAGCCCCAGGCCAUAUACUAUUGUUAGCUUUCAUUACCAGCUGUGCCUGCUUGUUUAUCAAAUAAAUAUAAAGAUGUCUCUUAAAUCGUUCACCAAAAAUAUGCCGCCAUAUUUGACAUUUAAUUGCAUACUUCCGCCAUGGCAGAGAAAAAACCUCUCCGAGGAAUUCUGAAGAGUUCGUCAAGUUUUGAUCAUCCCGACGCUAAAGUUGUCCAUCCCACAAACAAAGAAGCAAAAUGGGAUGAGAUGAAUAUACUUGCCACUCACCACCCACCUGAUAAAGACUAUGGCCACAUGAAGAUUGAUGAACCCCCUACACCCUAUAAUGAUUAUGACCCUGAGGAUGAUGAUGUCAUAGAAGAUGACGAUGUCACAGAUGGGACAAAACAAAAAAGACGAGAUAGCGCAGAUGGCAAAAAAAUAAGUUUAGACCCUGAAACUCUUCUAAAUAGGUUAGAAGAAAAAAGUCCUCGACGUAAUGCUUCAGAGAAUGAAGAGUCUUCAGAUGAAGAACCAGAAGUAUUAACAGAAGAUCAAAAAGCUGCCAAGACAAAAUUCAAAGAAAAAAGAAAAAUGCAUUAUAAUGAGUAUUAUGCCAUUAAAAUGGCAAGACAGUUAAUGGAAAAUGAUGAUGAGGAGGAUGAUGAUCAAGAAAACAAAGAUGAUCAGGGAAGUAAAACUACUGAAGCUGAUGGGACAGUUGGAAAUGAUUCAAACCAGGGAGAACUUGUGUGAUAUCGUUGAUAGUAGGCUUCCACGUGUCUCUAUUGAUAAGAGCCAUGAAAAUUAUAUAUCAAAAAAACAUCAGAGGUGUUUCCAUCCAUCACUUAAAUGAUAUUAUUUAUUGAUUUAUUUUCAACAUAA